CACAGCCCCAGCCCCAGCCCCAGACCCAGCCGCCGUCACAUCCCUAGCCCCAGACACAGCCCCAACCCCAGCCCCAGUCACUGCCCCAGCCCCAGCUGCAGUCACAGCCUCAGCCCCUGACACAGCCCCAGCCCCAGCCGCUUAUCCAGCCCCAGACACAGCCCCAGCCCCAGCCCCAGUCACUGCCCCAGUCACUGCCCCAGCCCCAGCCCCAGCCCAAGCCCCAGUCACAGCCCCAGCCCCAACCCCAGUCACUGCCCCAGCCCCAGCCACAGCCCCAGCCCCUGACACAGCCCCAGCCCCAGUCGCUUAUCCAGCCCCAGACACAGCCCCAGCCCCAGUCACUGUCCUAGCCCCAGUCACAGCCUCAGUCACAGCCCCAACCCCAGUCACAGCCACAGCCCCAGUCACUGCCCCAGCCCCAGCCCCAGUCACAGCCCCAGUCACUGCCCCAGACCCAGCCCCAGUCACAGCCCCAGCCCCAACCCCACAGCAGCCCCAACCCUCAGCCACAGCUCCAGCCCCAAGCACAGCCUCAGCCCCAAGCACAGCCCCAGCCCCAGCCCCAGCCCCAGCCCCAGUCACAUCCCCAGCCCCAGUCACAGCCCCAGCCCCAGCCUCAGUCACAGCCCCAACCCCAGUCACAGCCCCAACCCCAGUCACAGCCACAGCCCCAGUCACUGCCCCAGCCGCAGCCCCAGCCCCAGUCACAGCCCCAGUCACAAUCCCAGUCCCAGCCCCAGCCCCAGUCACAACCCCAGCCCCAGGCACAGCCCCAGCCCCAGUCAAAGCCCCAGCCCCAGCCCCAGGCAAAGCCCCAGCCCCAGUCACAGCCCCAGCCCCAGUCUCAGCCACAGCUCCAGCCCCAGCCCCAGGCACAGCCUCAGCCCCAAGCACAGCCCCAGCCCCAGCCCCAACCCCAGCCCCAGUCACAGCCCCAGCCACAGUCACAACUCCAGCCCCAGCCCCAGCCCCAGACCCAGGUACAGCCCCAGCCCCACUCACAGCCCUAGCCUCAGCCACAGUCCCUGCCCCAGCCCCUCUCACAGCCUCAGCUCCAGCCCCAGACACAGCCCCAGCAGCCGCAGACACGGCCCCAGUCCUAGUCACAGCCCCAGUCACAGCCCCAGUCACAGCCGAAGCCCCAGCCCCAGCCCCAGUCACAGCCCCAGUCACAGCCCCAGUCACAGCCCCAACCCCAGUCACAGCCACAGCCCCAGUCACUGCCCCAGCCCACAGCCCCAACCCAUCCCCAGCCCCAGUCACAGCCCCAGUCACAGCCACAGCCCCAGUCCCAGUCAGUGCCCGACCCCAAGCCACAGCCCCAGUCCCAGCCACAGUCCCAGCCACAGCCCCAGCCCCAGUCACAGUCUCAGUCACAGCAACAGGCCCAGUCACAGCCCCAGUCACAGCCCCAGCCCCAGACACAGCCCCAGCACCAGUCACUGCCCAAGCCCCAGUCACUGCCCCAGCCCCAUCCCCAGUCACAGCCACAGCCCCAGCCCCAGACACAGCCCCAGCCCCAGACACAGCCCCAGCCCCAGUCACUGCCCCAGUCCCACAACAUCCCCCAGCCCCAGCCCCAGGCACAGCCCCAGCCCCAGUCACAGCCCCAACCCCAGUCUCAGCCACAGCUCCAGCCCCAAGCACAGCCUCAGCCCCAAGCAUAGCCCCAGGCCCAGCCCCAGCCCCAGCCCCAGUCACAUCCCUAGCCCCAGACAGAGCCCCAACCCCAGCCCCAGUCACUGCCCCAGCCCCAGCCGCUGCCCCAGCCCCAGCCCCAGUCACAGCCCCAGCCCCAGCCUCAGUCACAGCCCCAAUCACAGCCACAGCCCCAGUCACUGCCCCAGCCCCAGCCCCAGUCACAGCCCCAGCCCCAGCCUCAGUCACAGCCCCAACCCCAGUCACAGCCCCAACCCCAGUCACAGCCACAGCCCCAGUCACUGCCCCAGCCCCAGUCACAGCCCCAGUCACAGCCGAAGCCCCAGCCCCAGCCCCAGUCACAGCCCCAGUCACAGCCCCAGUCACAGCCCCAACCCCAGUCACAGCCACAGCCCCAGUCACUGCCCCAGCCCCAGCCCCAGCCCCAGUCACAGCCCCAGUCACUGCCCCAGCCCCAGCCCCAUUCACAGCCCCAGCCCCAACCCCAGUCACUGCCCCAGCCCCAGUCCCAAUCCCAAUCACAGCCCCUGUCACAGCCCCAGCCCCAGUCACAGCCCCAGUAACAGCCCCAGUCACAGCAGCAGCCCCAACCCCAGCCUCAGCACCAGCCCCAGACACAGCCCCAGUCACAGCCCCAGCCACAAUCGCAGCCCCAGUCACAGCCGAAGACCCAUCCCCAGCCCCAGUCACAGCCCCAGUCACAGCCACAGCCCCAGUCCCAGUCAGUGCCCGACCCCAAGCCACAGCCCCAGUCCCAGCCACAGUCCCAGCCACAGCCCCAGCCCCAGUCACAGUCUCAGUCACAGCAACAGGCCCAGUCACAGCCCCAGUCACAGCCCCAGCCCCAGACACAGCCCCAGCACCAGUCACUGCCCAAGCCCCAGUCACUGCCCCAGCCCCAUCCCCAGUCACAGCCACAGCCCCAGCCCCAGACACAGCCCCAGCCCCAGACACAGCCCCAGCCCCAGUCACUGCCCCAGUCCCAGUCACAGCCUCAGU